AUGCAGCCGCAGCAGCGUCCAGGCACGCUCCGUGCCCAGGCCUACACCCAGCCCUUGCUCCAAACGAAUGCCGCCCCCAAGGCUGCCGCCCCUAAGCGGGCCAAGCUCUCCGUGCUCUACGGGGCAGAUCAGUACCUAGAAGAGCUGAAAAAGAAGUACGAGAUCGACCACGAGAUCGCCAGCCUCAAGGCCAUCAUGCCUGACGAGGGCGACCCAAACGCUGGCAAGGCCAACGAGAGUAAGGACAAGAUGCUCCAGAUCGAGAAGGACGAUUCGAACAGGAGUAAGAAGACGGGCCGCCUUUUCCCAACCCCGAACAAGCCAGACCCGAUGCCGCCCGAGCUUGCCUUUCUGUUCACCAAGAUAACGCCCGAGCAGAUGAUGUACAUGUGGAACAUAUUGACGCUGAUAUUUGUGACGCAGUGUCUGAUGGUCGUGGCGUAUUGUGCCGCACUUGCUGUGUUCCCAGACUGGUGGUGGAGUUGCACGGUUGCCUUUGGCGUCCCCUUUGCUUACAUCGCCAUUCAAAAAUAUUUACAUCGACCAUGA